AGUAUCAAUACUCAAAGUCAAACCUUAAACACCACUAAUAAUAAGCAUAAUAAUAAUGUUUAAUUCUAGUAAAAUAUUAUUAUGUCAACUUCUUCUAAACUCAUCAAUUCUUCUUUACUUAAAAGCAUCAUCAUUUCCCUUACCAAAUCCAACUUCAUUACAACUAUUAUCAAUUCUCACCACUUCAAUCUUUUUCAUUUCCUUCAACAAAAAAUCUCCAUUAAUGGCUUCCUCAUUCACCUUCUUCUUUCUCCUCAUCAGUAUCUCCCUUCUUCUUCACCAACCCCAUUUUUCCUCAGCCAACAUACACAAAAUAACCCAUCUCAAAUCUCACCUCAAUUCCCAAAUCUCACACUUCCAAGAAGAAAACACUUCCCCAACUCAAUUCUUUGAAGUAACCAAACCCAUUGAUUUGCCCACUUCAAAACCUUGCUCUAAAUUGCUCUUAAGUCAUGAUUUUGGCUUCACUUAUGGAAAGCCUCCACUUUUAGUUGAUUACAACCCACCUUUGAAUUGCCCAUAUAAUGAUUUUGGGAAAAUUGUUCUUGAGUGGAAAGCUACUUGUAAAGGAAGACAAUUUGAUAGGAUUUUUGGGGUUUGGCUUGGUGGGGUUGAGCUUUUGAGGAGUUGUACAGCUGAGCCAACUUCUUCUGGGAUUUUUUGGAGUGUUGAGAAAGAUAUUACUAGGUAUUAUUCUCUUCUCAUGACUAAUCAAACACUUACUGUUUUUCUUGGAAAUGUUGUGGAUGAUACUUAUACUGGUAUUUAUCAUGUGAAUUUGAGUAUACAUUUUUAUCCUGCUGAAAAAAAAUCUGAUCUUUAUGAUGAUGUUAAUGAUAUAAAGAUUGAAACUUUAGUUCCUGGGCAUCAUAAUUGGGCAGAUUUGAUCUUGCCCAUUUCGAGAAAUUCACCAUUGAAUGAUGGGUUAUGGUUUGAAAUCAAGAAUUCUAUGGAUACUCAGUUGAAAGAGUUUAAAAUUCCUCAGAAUACUUAUAGAGCUGUGCUUGAAGUUUAUGUUUCUUUUCAUGAAAAUGAUGAGUUUUGGUAUUCAAAUCUUCCUAAUGAUUACAUUGCUGAGAAUGGGCUUAGUGAUACUCCUGGAAAUGGUCCUUUUAGGGAGAUUUUGGUUAGUCUUGAUGGUACUAUGAUUGUUGGUGCUAUAUGGCCUUUUACUGUAAUUUACACAGGUGGAAUCAACCCUAUAUUUUGGAGACCAAUUUCAGGAAUUGGUUCAUUCAAUCUUCCUUCAUAUGAGAUUGAAAUUACUCCAUUUCUAGGUGAGAUUUUAGAUGGAAAGAUUCAUACUUUCGGGUUUAAUGUAACGAACGCUUUGAAUGUUUGGUUUGUUGAUGCAAAUUUGCAUCUUUGGUUAGAUAAACACAGCUCGAAAACCGAAGGGAAGCUUUUGAAACACCUUACCAAGCCUCUUGAUCUUUCCCAUGUUUCGGAUUUUGAAGGUUUAGAUGGGACAUUCUUGACUAGAGCUAGUAGAAAUUUAUUGUCUAUUGGCAAAGUUAAGUCCUCAUUUGGGACUAUUCUAACCCAUUCAAUCCAGAAUUUGCAUUACUCAAAUUUCAUUUUGAUGCAGAACAAUGGUAUCACACAGGUAGUGAAUCAAACCAUUCAAUUCAAUGAUUCUGUUCUUGUUAAGAUGCCUUUUGCUGAUGUUUACUCAAUCGAAUCGGAUAAAAAGUUCCCACUUUUCCUAUACUCUGAUUACUUUGAUCAAGGAAAUGGAGAAUAUGUGUUUGGUUCAGAUUUUAAAUUGGGGUUUGAAGAGAAGAAGUCUUCUAAAAUUGGUGGCUUUGAAUUAUCGAAAAGUCAUCUGAAUAAUCUGCAGAAUGGUGAGGCUAAAAUGAUUAUCGAGAACGAUUCGAUUAUUGAAGCAAGUUGGAGUACACAACAAGUUUACAACUAUGAAGAAGAUGAAAAUGUUUGUUAUUUUAGAAAUGUAAGUAGCUUAAACUACAAGAUAGUUUAUGAUAAAGAGAGGAAGAAAUGCAUCAAAUUAGAACAACUAGCUUUGGAUUUCGACUCGGGUUUCGAGUCAAAGAGCUUUUCUAGCUAGUAUCUGAAAUGUCCUGAGAACAGUUGGGAAGGGAAAAAGGUUUCAUUUUCAAUUUCAAAUGUCCACACAAAAUGAUAAAAUUUUUCUUUUGUGCUGUUGUUUUUUAGUUGUGCAUAUGAAUAAGAUAUAACAAAUUUUAUGUGUUU